AUGAUAUUUUUAUCUGUCCCACCACAAAUUAUUGGCUCUGGAGGAUCUGCUUCUGUUUAUGUUACAAAUUGGAAGAAUACGUCAACAAUAUAUGCGAUUAAAAAAUAUGUAGAUAACAAAGAGGCGUUUUUAACGAUUAGGGCUAAUUCUCAUGAAAAUAUCAUUCAAUUUCGUGGAGUCACAAAAUUAAAAGGUGAAAAAAAAUAUUCGCUUGUUCUUGAAUAUGCAGAUGGUGGAACAUUAAAGGAUUAUUUAAGAAACAGUGUUAUUGAAUGGAAGAAUCAAUUAAGGCUUGCAAGAGAGAUUGCAAGUGCGGUUUUAUGGUUACAUGAUGAAAAGGGAAUCAUACAUGGUGAUCUUCACCCAAAAAAUGUCUUAAUACACAAAGGUACAAUAAAAUUAGCUGAUUUUGGGUGUUCAUAUCUAAAAGAAUCAGAUGACAACACCAGAGCACAUGGCGUGACACCUUAUAUGGACCCUAAAUUUUUUGAGAAUCCUUCGUAUCGAAUAACAGAAAAAUCUGAUAUAUACAGCUUAGGAGUAUUAUUCUGGGAGUUAACAAGUCGAAAAUCGCCUUAUAAAUAUAAGACAGGAGACGAUUGUGCUCUUAGGUUCCAUAUCCUCCAUGGUUUAAGAGAAGAACCUAUACAUAACACGAAUGUUUUGUUUGUUAGAUUAUAUCAAAAAUGCUGGGAACACGAACCAGAUAAUAGACCGAAAAUCCACCAAGUAAUUUCGGAACUUAAUUCUAUUAACCUUGAAAACAAUAAUGUAUCAACUCCCGAAGAAAGCGAAGAAAGUGAAGAAAGCGGAAAAACGGAGGAUUUAUGCUUGUCAGAUAGUGAUUGA